ACACAGAGCAAACAAGAGUCCUUUUGGGCGGCUGCCCAGAUAUCCGCUCUUUCCCGGAAGGCCUUAUGUACUCAUUAAACAACAGGGGUUGUGCCUCUACUUGCUUUGCGAAAUUAAAUAUUAAUGAUUGAGAUCCAAAGUCCCACUCCUCCCCUCCGGGCCCCGUCUUUCUCUCGCGUUCCCCCUUUCCCCUCCUCUCUCUCUCUCCUCCUCCUUCGUUCCCUCUUUCCAAAAUGGUGCUGGAGCUCUACCUGGACCUCCUCUCCCAGCCCUGCAGGGCCGUCUACCUGUUUGCCAAAAAGAACGACAUCCCUUUCGAAUUCAAAGAUGUGGCGCUCUUCAAAGAUUCCAUAUUAGGGAGCAGAGUCCCGAGUUCAAGUGGCGCUGAAGGCGGAUCAGGGUCGACAGACAAGAUCACUUUGUCGAAGAAGGUUCCUUUCCUGAAAGACGGGGACUUCGUUUUGACCGAAGGGCCGGCCAUCCUUCUCUACCUGGCUCGCAAAUACCACACGCCGGACCACUGGUAUCCCGCAGAUGCUGAGAAGCGGGCCAGAGUGGACGAAUACCUCUUCUGGCACCAGAGCAACAUGCGGGCACAUGCCCCCAAGACCCUCUGGAUCCAGGUCCUGCUGCCUCUGUUAAUGGGCCAAACUCUUCCAGAAGGGAAAACCAAGGAAGUCAUGGAGGGCCUGGCCUCGUCCCUGAAGCAAUUAGAGGAGCUAUUUCUGACGAACAAACCCUUCUUGGCUGGUGACGAGGUCUCUCUGGCCGAUCUGGUGGCCAUUGUGGAGCUGAUGCAGCCCUCGGGCGCCGGCUGCGACGUCUUCCAGAACCACCCGCGGCUCCUGGCCUGGCGCGAACGUGUGGAGGCGGCCGUCGGGCGAGGACUCUUCUCCGAAGCGCACAAGACGAUUGCCCAAAUCCGGGGCCUGACCAGCGCCCAGAUCGACCCCCGGCUGAAGGCCCAGCUGGCGCCCCUCCUGGGGCAGAUCCUGAAAUAAAAGAGAUACCAGAACAACAACCGCUCUUCUCUUUUCUUUUUGGGCCAGCUUGGGCCCUCCCUCCCUCCCUCCCUCCCUCCCUCCCUCCAAGUGUUUUGGAUUCCAGCCGGCUGUCAGGAAUGGUGGGAGUUGGAGUCCAUAAUAAUAAUAAUAUAAUAAUAACACAUUUUAUUUGAAUGACUAGCUGUCCCCUGCCAGGCGUUGCUGUGGCCCAUUCUGUUGAUCUGGAAAAUAAAGUCAUGAGAAAGUGUUGGUUUCUAA